AUGUCAGAUAUAAUAGAAGAUGAAUAAUCAGCUAAUUAACCAAAAAUAUUAACUAAAAAUAUAUCAAAUGAUAAUAUGAAAUAAAAUAAUGAAGAUAUGGAAAAAUUAGGAGAAAUAGAGAAAUUCCCUGAAGUCUCAAGAGAUUAAAUUGAUGGAGUUUUUAUAGAUUUUAGUUAAGAAGGUGCUUUAAAUAAAUUAUUAAAUAUAUCUAAAUUAACAUACAAUGAAAGAUUAACUUAUGUUAAGCAUUUAGCAGAUUUAUUAUAAUUAAUAGGUGAUAAAACAUAAAUUCAUUUAAAUGCAAUAAUAGAAUAAAUAAUCAAUGAUAAUGAUGAUAUUAAAAGAACUUUAAUUUAAUAAAUGCCUUAUAUAAUAGAAUACUUUAAAUAAUUUAAUGACGGAUAUAAAUAAAUAAGAGAUAUAUUGACGCCUAAGUUAUUUAAUUUAUUAGGAAAAACAAAUAUAGAUAUAAAAGAAGAUGUCGGAAAAAUAAUAGGAAUAAUUGCUGAUAUUUUAAAUGAAGAUGAUAGAGGAAAAUGCAUUUUAACAAAAGUACUUACUAUGGCACAUGAUGAUUAUAAUGAAGAUAAUAGAAUCGUUGCAAUUUAAUUAUUAACUUUAAUGGCUCAUUGCUUUGGAUCUGCUCUUUGUGAGUAAUUUGUAGGAUUAGAAAUUUUGAGUUUAGGAGAAGAUCCUUAAUUAAGAGUAAAAAAAGAAAGUGUUCUAAAUUUACCUAAAAUAGGCAAAGAAGUUUCCCAAGAAUUUUUUAAAUAAAGACUUUUGCCUUUUUAUAUUAGAAAAAGUUAAGAUAGUUUUUGGGGAAUAAGAAAAGCUUGUGUAGAUAUAUUAGUAGAUAUUUCAAAAAUAUGUAAUGAUUAAACAAGAGAAACUGAAUUAACUGAUAUUUUAUUGAAUUUUUUAAAAGAUAAUUCUAAAUGGGUUAAAACUUCUGCCUUUAAAAAUUUAGGACCUUUCAUUUCUACUUUAUAAAAUUAAGCUCCCUCAGAAAAAUUAUUUGAAAAUUAUAAUAAAAUGGUUGAUAAUAAUAUUAAUAAUUUAUUAUAAGAUGAUGAAAUAAUGAUAGCAUGUUCCUAAUAUUUUCCUGCUAUUUUAACCAUAUAUGGUUCUAAAAAAUGGCCUUUAUUAUAUAAAACGUUUACAAGUUUACUCAAAAGUACUAAUAAAAAAGUAAAAAAACCCAUAGCAUGUAGUUUACAUAUCAUAGCAAAUAUAAUUGGACAAGAAAAAGCAGAAAAUGACUUAUUUAGUGUUUUGGAUUAAAUAUUAAAAGAUCCAAAUGAUGAAGUUAAAUAUGGAGCAAUUUAACAUCUGGCUGAAUUUAUGCAUGUAUUUGAUAGUUAAAAAAGAGAAAACUUCCUCGAUGUAUUCCUUAUUCUUUAAAAGGAUCCCAAAAAAUGGAGAAUUAGAGAAUUAAUAGCUAGAUAAAUAGAUCUUUUGGCCUAAAUGUUUAAUUCAGAAACUGUUUUUAGGUAUAUUAUGCCCAUAUCUUUUAAAUUAUGUAAUGAUACAGUAUCAUUAGUGAGAGAAGAAGCCGCGAAAAAAAUGCAUUCAAUAUUAAUAUCUUUAUAAAAAGACUAAUAAACAUAAGAAAUAUACUUAAUAUGUAUAGUAAAUAAUAUAAAAGCUUUUUAAAUGUCAAGUAGAUUUAACUAAAGAUAAACAUUUAUUUUAAUAUGCAAUUAACUUAUGAUGCAUCCUGAGAUUUUUAAUAUGUAUUUUAUGCAUAUAUUUUAAGAAAUGGUCAAUGAUAAAGUAGUUAAUGUAAGAAUUACUUUAGCUGAAGCUGUAUCUUAGCAUAUUAAAUAAAGAGGUCCAAUGAGUGACGAUUAAAGCUUAAUUUAAAUCGCUGAAAAAUUAUAAUAAGAUAAAAAUAAUGAUGUUAGAUCUUACUUUAAUUUUUUUACUAAUAAUUCAGAAUAAGAUUUUAGUAUUAGUUGA